CCUUUUUCAUUUGAAAAUUCAAAUUUCCAAACGGUUGCACUUCCUCAAAUCAAUGAUAACGCCCACAUAUAUUAAUUCAUAAUUAAAACAAACGCAAAUAAAUAAAGAAAUAAAUACCACUAUUUUUUUUUUGUAGUGAAGUUGGAACGUUGCAAACUGCAAAGAAACAUGGGAGAAUCAGUGUCCUUUGGGAGGUUCACAACAGAGUCAUUAGAAUGGGAGAAAUGGUCAACGUUCUCUCAGAAUCAGAACCGUUAUGUUGAAGAAGCUGAGAGGUUUUCGAAACCGGGUUCGGUUGCUCAGAAGAAAGCUUUCUUUGAAGAACAUUACAAGAAACUUGCAGCUCAAAAAGCAGCUGCCUUGCUUGAACAAGCAAGAAUUGAUGAGGCAGAAAGUGCAAAACCUGAAGAUGUUGUCAGUGAAGAAAAUGCGGAAAAUUUGAAUGUUGAGUCGAGUUUACCUCGAAGUGAAAACAAGGCUUGUGUAGGGAAUUCAAUGCAAAAUCAAUUUGAAGGUGUUGACAAUGAUGAUACUAAGAAGGAUCUAAGUGAAAAGAAAGGUUGUAACUUUGGCAUGGAAGUUUUGCAAUCAAUGGACAAAUCCACAUAUCCUAUUAUUUCAGAUAGAGAUAAUAUUGUUAAUCCAAUGAACAGUAAGGCUUCGUUAAGAAAGAAGAGAUCAAAAGCUAAAUCACUACCCAUGUCAGUUAAGUUUGCACUCAUUAGGCAAAUUAGUAGAUUGAAUUCAUUAUUAAUGAAGAAAUUUGAAACUACAAAGACUGGUUCUGGUUCUUCGGUAGCUUCAAAGGAUAUAUGGAUUCCUCUAACAACACCAACUAAGGCCUGUAAGAAUGAGUUACAGAAGCACCCUUCAUUUUCCCCAUUAUCAGAAAAGAAAAGAAACAUAAUGAAAUCACCUACUAUAUCUUCCCAACUCAGCUUGAAAACAGACGAAAGGACUGCACGUAGAAACAAGGAGAGAUCACACAAAAAGAAUAGAAAACUAAGACUAUGCUUCUGUUUCAAACCGAGGCCAAUACCCGAGUUUAACAAGGAAAGAGAAGAUUCUAACAGAGGGAAAAAAGAGGAUUCACUGACACUGACACCAGGAAGUAGAGUCACUUCUCGAGUUCAAAGCAAAGGCUCUUUAUCUUCUGAGAGUGUCAUUACUUAUGAAAAUAUGUCUCCAAAUAUUCAGAAUGGAGUCAAGAAUGAAAGAAAUAACUAAAUUUUUUCAUAAAGGAGAAUACAGAAUCACUGAAUGAUGUCAUUUGACCACUCCUUGUUGUCAUAGCUUAUAUGUAAACUCUAAACAGGUUUUAAAAUGUGGUUGCAGUUUGGUUAUGUUGCAAUAUUGCAGAAAAUUUUGGAUAAAAACUUAAGCUGCAAUUACAACUAGAACAAGGUUUUUGAGUUGAAUUGUACAUAUAUCUUAGGUUCAUGAAAAUGACUUAUGAUGAUGCCUUUUGGUGCAUGCGUGUAUACUUUUAAACAUAUUGCAAUAUGGUAUGGUCCUGUGUGAGACUUCCUUUGUUUAAAAUGCUAUUUCUACUUUGACCUUCA